AAAAACCCCCCGAUCAUCACACACGCUCCUGGUAACACACACGCAUCCACCCCCUCAGCCCCCUCACAGACACAUUGAAUGCGCGAGCCCAAUCACCAGCGCGUGGUUUCGGCUUGAUUCGUGGCCAUGCUCGAGUCCGGCGGCGUAAAGGUGCUCAAGGAGGGCGUGCUGGAGAAGCGCAGCGACGGGCUGCUGCAGCUGUGGAAGAAGAAGCGCUGCGUGCUCACCGAGGACGGACUGAUGCUUCACCCGCCCAAACAACACCACGACCACCAUCAGCACCACCACGACACCGGCUGCAAGGUGAAGGAGCUCCACUUCGCCAACAUGAAGACCGUGGACUGCGUCGAGAGGAAGGGCAAGUACGUGUACUUCACGGUGGUGAUGUCGGAGGGCCGGGAGAUUGACUUCAGGUGCCCGCAGGACGAGGGCUGGAACGCGGAGAUCACUUUGCAGAUGGUCCAGUACAAGAACCGACAAGCCAUCCUGGCGGUCAAAUCCAGCCGCCAGAAGCAGCAGCUGCUCGUGGUGUCCGCGCAAAAGAUGGUCCGAAACGCGCAAUAGGACACCGGAGAGUCGGUUAAAUGGACAUUCACCUGGAGGAUCUUUGCGGACUCUUCUCAAAUCCACAGACCCCCAGAGCUGCUCCGUAUCCAUGCAGACCCUCUUUAGGAUAUCUCCAAUGGCCGACGUGGCACGCCAAUGGAUGGAGAUGCACUGCCAUGCAAUGUUAUAUAUUUAUUUGUACAUAUGUUUUUUUUUUUUUAUCCGUUCAUUUAUGUAUCUGAAUGUUGGGCCGUGACUCAACGUCCUCGAGCUGGAUGGAUGUUUAGUUUGCAUUUUGUGUCAUUUUGUUUUAGGGGUGAAACUGGCGCAAAGUCAGCUUUUGCUUUUUGAAUUUUUCUAUUUAUUUGCAUAACUGUUUUUAAGAAGGAUGCUCAUAUUGUUUGACCAAUAUUUCAUUGUCUGUGCUACAUUUCUUUUGUUCAAACCAAAGAAUGUCAUCAUCAUAAAGUCAUUUUUUUGGGUGCAUCUGUGCCCUGUCAACAUGAUAAUACUCUGUUAAGGGCAUGAAUGUCUGUAGAUUUUAAUUAUGGAGGGAUAUGGACCUUAGUCGGGACAGAUGACAUAUUUGAUGUGACUGAAAACGGGGGUGAUGAGGACCUGUCUCCAUUCAACUUUUCAAAAAUAUGCAUUUUCUGGGUUUAUUUUGGUUUGCCGGAAAUGUUCAAUUAUCCGUUGACUUAUUGAUCCAUAUAUUGUUCUAUAUUACAUGCACAGAACAAACAUGGAAUUUGUUUAUUCGUCAGAAAUGCCCCAAUGUUCCUGUGUACGAUUGAGCUGUUGUUUGCUUUUAAUUAUUAGUGUAACGAAGAUUUUUAUUUAGUUUUUGAUGGAUCGGUGUUAUUCCCUAAACUGAUGUGAAUGCCGCUUUCAUACUUUGAAAUA